CUUUUAUGUGUCUUGAGCCAAAUCAUAUCACCCUUAGAAACCGUUUCACUUCAGUUCCCUUUAAUUGUUUGCAAAAACACAGAGAAUGGAUACAGCAGGAAAGGUGAUAAAAUGCAAAGCAGCUGUGAUAUGGGAAAAAAGUGCACCCUUCUCUAUUGAGGAAAUUGAAGUGGCCACCCCAAAAGCCCAUGAAGUCCGCAUAAAGAUUAUUGCUACUGGUAUUUGCCGGUCAGAUGAUCAUGCAGUUGAGGGGAAACUAAGUAAUGUAAAAUUCCCAAUAAUUCUUGGCCAUGAAGCUGUUGGCAUUGUAGAAAGCAAUGGAGAAAAUGUUAAGCACAUUAAGCCAGGGGACAGAGUCAUCCCACUUUUUGUACCACAGUGUGGACAGUGUAUGUGUUGCAAAGAUUCAAGGAGUAAUAUCUGCAUUGCCGCCAAAUUAAAAAAAUCUGUAGGAGUCAUGUCUGAUGGCACCACCAGAUUUACCUGCAGAGGGAAACAAAUCUACCACUUUGUGAACACCAGCACCUUUACUGAAUACACAGUAGUUGAGGAAAUGGCAGUUACUAAGAUUGAUAGUGGUGCAUCUCUGGAUAAUACAUGUCUCAUUGGAUGUGGUUUCUCCACUGGAUAUGGGUCUGCAUUAAAUACUGCAAAGGUGCACCCAGGAUCUACAUGUGCCAUUUUUGGCUUGGGAGGUAUAGGGCUUGCUGUCAUUAUGGGUUGUAAGAUAGCUGGGGCUGGUCGCAUCAUUGGAGUAGAUGUCAAUCCUGACAAAUUUAACAUAGCAAAGGAACUAGGAGCCACUGAGUGUAUAAACCCCAAGGAUUAUGACAAGCCAGUAGCACAAGUGAUUCUGGAGCAGACUGGAGGUGGCGUAGACUAUGCAUUUGAAUGUGUUGGCCACAUUGAGACCAUGCUAGCUGCCCUGAACUCAAGUCACUUUGCAUAUGGCACCACAGUUAUAGUUGGAGUGUCUGCACCUGAAUCAACCAUUACCUUUGAUCCAAUGAUCCUGCUGAGUGGGCGCACACUGAAAGGCUCUGUCUUUGGAGGCUGGAAGAGUAAGGAUUCUGUUCCACAACUGGUUUCAGACUCUAUGGCAAAGAAAUUCGACCUGGAAAAGCUGGUGACACAUCGAUUACCAUUAGAUAAAAUUAAUGAAGGGUUUGAUCUUUUACAUUCUGGCAAAAGUAUUCGAACAAUCUUGUUGGUUUAAACAAUGGAAAAAGUUGCAUUUACCAGCACAGAAUAAUCUAAGAUGUACUUCUUCAUGUCAAAGAAUCCAGAUGUAUUGCUUGAAAUAAUAAAGCCAAAGACAAUUUAA